AAUUUGCUACAAACUGACGUAUCUGUUUUGGAAAUGUGUGAAAGUAUUUAUAAGUUGAAUCAAUAUCUGAAAACUAAGAAGGCUUAUCUCAAAGCUGGUAUUCCAGGGAAGUUCUUGCAUGCAGUGAUGGGACAGGAAGUUGCUGAUGUAGGAUCAGUUGUUUCAACCAUCAUGUACGCCUUCUUCCUGAAUGAAGCACAAACAAGUAGCCGGCUCUGUACACUCCCUGUCAUCAACAUGAAGCGAGCAGAUUUUAGUACGCAUCCCGAGCUAAAAUGGUUAUUUAGCUCAUGUCGUGUUGAGGAAGAAUAUCUGGUCUUUAUAGAUGAGAUCAAUCUUUCCUAUUAUGAUCUAUUUGGAAGUCUAAAGCUUGUACUACUAAAUGGCAACAAGCUCCCAGCAAAGCAAGAGGGACUGAAAGAAGCAUUGGUUGAGAUCUUUAACUGCAACCAAGUCAAUUCUCAAUAUCCCAGGGUCAAAGAUGUUACCAUGGGGCAGGAUUGCUCAUGUUGUACACUUGUUGCUGAAAAGUUUGCAGACACAUCACCUGAAAUUCUAGCUGGGCAGGGGUUUAGCAGACUUCUGCUCUCAGGCAUCCUCUUGGACACUGCAAAUCUCACAAGUGCUAAUUGCACGUCCAAAGAUAAAUAUAUGGUAACAUUGUUGAUUAAAGGAGCUGGCCGAUUUGGAUGCAAUAGACUUUACCAAAUUUUGAAAUACAAAAUGUUUGAUAUAUCUGAUCUUAAGGUGAGGGACAUACUUCAUAGGGAUUUCAAGAAGUGGACCAGAGUUACAGGAAAGCCUAAUACCACUGGUUCUAGAUUAACAGUAUCCCAUAUUGGGAUGAGUUCUAUUGGAAUCUCAGUUGAACAACUUCUUGCUCAUGAAGAUUUUGCUGCUCUGGAGGUGAUUCAAUUUCGAGAAUCAGAAAAACUUCGGCUGCUCAUGGUUGUUUCAGGGUAUUAUGAUAACCAGAAGAACUUUAAGAGAGAGAUCUUGGUCUCUACCAGUACCGCGGAGCUUAUGAAAAAUUUUCUCCACUUCUUUGAUACCAAUGGAACACAUUUGCCACUUAAAUCUCUGGAGCAACUAGAGCUGAAAGACGAGUUAAGAGCAUUUGAGAUUGAUAACAAGUUGACAUCAAGGAGAAGCAUUGAGCGACUUUUGGAAGAGUUUAACAGGGCAUUAAGGAAGCAAUAGCAGAUUAAAUGACAGUAUAAUAUCUGGAAACUAGUUGCCAUGCAUAGGUCCUAUUUUACUAUGGUGAAGAAAUCACAUUCUUCAUUGUAGCUUACACAAUUUUCUUG